AUGGAUAUCUACGAGGGCGCGCGCAGCAUUGCCCUACGGCGUGACCUGGACGCUAUGUCCAUAUUCUAUGAGGAACGCAGCGCUGCCAGUCGACGGAAACAAUUCAAGCUGGUUCAGCCAGCAGUGCCCGGGCUUUGCUUUUUCUUUCACGGACUAAUUCUUAGCGACUGCGAGCACUUUGUUAUGGACUUUUUGUCAAAGCGGAAAAGCGAACGAUGUGAUGACUGCGAUGUUGUUUUGCAGAUCGGGGUCCGCCUUCCACAAAACUAUAUUGUACGCAAUUCGCGAUUAAUGGGCAAGUGGGGCCCAGAAGAAAAUUCAUCAAAUUUACCAUUUCAGCUGAAACGUGGCAAAACCUUUUGGAUGCAGGUGCUUCUGACAGACAAUUCAUUUUAUAUAUCGGUAAAUGGCUUUCACUUCGCACAAUAUAUCUACCGUAUGCCAUACAGGUGGCUAACCGGGGUAGAUGUGCGCGGUGAUGUAUCUGACAUGGUCAUCGAUAUCUUCUAUGUGACGGAAUAUCCAAUUCGUGUCAGCCGUAGUGGGGCCAACGUUAUAAAAUAUAUCAACGAACCUUUUCGGGAUCUUAUGCUUGAUGGUGAUAGCAGCAUGCCGCUCGAUUGGCUGCAUAUUAAUGCUCCACCCAAAUUUCUCAAGCAUGACCGCAAUCCUCGGGCUCAGUUAACCGUACCAUUCUAUGGUCGAAUGCAAAAUGACGAAAAAUUGACCGAUGGCCAUGUGCUGCGUAUCGAAGGUCGCGUUCGUAUUAUGCCCCAAAGUUUUAGCGUGACAUUACAGCGUGGUCACAAUAUCUGGCCGCAGCCAACAGUAUCAUUAUUUUUUAGUCCCAAUUUCCUACGAAGCAGUCGUGCCAAAGUGGGCAAGGCUAUUAUUACUAGGAGCGCCUAUAUAAAUGGUACGUGGGUGAAUCGUGAAGUCUCACGGUUACAUACACAUUUGGGUCCAGGCAAGGCGUUUGUUCUCAUAAUCGCCUGUCGGAAGAAUUUUUACGAGUUAUUUGUCAACAGCUAUUCGCUACUGACAUUUAAACAUCAGAUGAAUCCCGAAGAUAUUGAUAUGGUUAACAUUCGGGGUGACGUUAAGCUCUGGAAUGUUGUCGUUGAACGGGUCAAGCUGCCGGCGAGGCCUCCCACUCGUUCUAUUGUCAGCGUUAGUCGUUUUAUAUGAUUAAAAAAUGGCCCUCAAAUUGUAUUUGGAUCCACUUCAAAAGAGUUUUAAAUAUUGUACGCGGUAUACAUACGUGUUCAGCUCAAGAGGACAAACGCUACUUGCAGUAUCGAUAAAAUGUUAAAAGGACCUACUGAUUAUUAUUACUCUCUUACGAGCCGUAACUAAGCACAUUCACUAAAUAAACACCAGCCCCAAAUGAGCGAAAAUUUAUAAUUUAAA